UAUAUAUUAAAUUUGAAAAUUUAAACUAUUAGAUAUUUAUUAUACCACUGUAAUUGCCAUUAUUUUGAAUUAACCAGUCGUUUGAUUUGAAAUCAUGGCCGACUUCAUCACCGAAAUCACUUCUCAGUUGAAAAAUAUAAAUGCAGCAGCUUGUGGAUCAAAAUACACCAGAACAGUGCAAAAAAGGACGAUGAGUAAAGCAUUUUAUUCAGGUUUUCAAGACUAUCAACUUAAACUAAACCUGCUAUAUCUACUAGAUGGUACCGACAGAUAUGAAGAAUUUAAAUUGUCUACCAAAAAUGAAGAUGCUGCCAAUUUUGAUGAUGUUGUUUAUGAGACACCAGAAGACACCACUUUAGUUCAAGCAAUACAUUUUCCGGAAGUAGAUGUUGACCAAAAAAUAAAUAAAUAUGAUUUGUUCAAAUAUUUAGCAGAUGUUCAAAAUGUUAAAUUUAAAACUGACAAUAUUCGAAAUGUCAUUAUUUGCAUAUAUUGUACGUCACCUGAAAGUAUAAACAAAUUUCUAAGUAACGAAAUUCAAAGAUGUGUUAAAGACAAUUCGGUUGUUCCUUUUGAAAAUGUUAAAUGUUACUCUUUUGAUCAAAAUGAAGAUCUUGAAAAAUACAUUUCUGAAAAUAAACCUGAGAUUCCCAAAAAUGUAGUUAGAUCCAGUUUAGAUAAAUUAUUACUUGUACCAAUAUCUGAGAAUGAUUUGGAUCAAAAAAUACAAAAAUUAAUUGAAAAAAUGCAAAUAUUAAGUAAUGUAAUGUCUCCACUAUUAGCUAUGAUUAUUAUUUUGGAUAAAAUCAAAACGUGGUAUAAUGCUUCAGAAGGAACUUAUCUUACUGAAAAAAAUUUACUAGCAUAUAUCGCUGAAAUUAAUUGUACAAUUUACAUUGAUUCUAAAAUAAAAGCCUCUUCUGAAUCUUUGAAAGAAAUAGCUUUUAAAGAUAAAAUAUAUUCAUAUUUUUCUGAUAAUAUUAAUAAUAAUAAUUUACUUUUAAUAAAAAUUGAAAACAAAGAAUCCUAUAAAGGGUACGAAUUAAUAAUUUGGAAACUUUUAUUAGAAAAAUUAAAGUCUGAAAACAGAAACGGAACUAACAAAGCAGAAUAUGAAUUGCUAGAAAAAAUGUUAUUUGUAGAUCCAGAAGUACCAUUAGAUACUAGUAUUACAAUAAAUAUAAUCGAAUCAUUUGAAUUACCGAAAUACAGUUGUUUAGUUAUCCCGAUUUUUGGUGACUUUAGACAACUGUACCUUAUUAAAAGUGAGUUGAAAAAGGCUAUUAAUAUUCAAAGAGAACAGACUAGUAAAAGAAUUAUCGCCGUCUCUAAUAUAGCACGCCGAGCACAUUUAUGUUAUUUUUUUUCAAAUUUUAAAAUAAUUGACGAACCAAUAGUAAAUGGUAUGAUUCGUUUUUCCAAUCUGUGUAUCAAACUAAAGGAAACUAAUGAACGGAAAAAUAAUAAAAUGAAAACUGAUAAACGGAUAAAGAGUAAAAUGGAAGCUAAUAAGCUUGAAAGUAAUGUUAAUAAAGUAACAAAAAUGAGUUCAGUAGUAACCAAGGACCGGAAAAAAUGCCUAUUUUAAUUCAAUUGAUUUGCGAAAAAUAUGCAAAAGUAUUUAAGAAAAAUGCAAUGAAAAAAUAAUAAUUAAUAAUCCUCACUUUAUAUUUGUGUAACGUUGGAUAUAAUCACAUUUAAAGAGUAUAAGGGAAAAAGGGACCCAUUGACAAUUUUGGCUUUCCAAAUUAAUUACAAAAUUAAACUUUACACGUGAUUACAGGCUUUAACAUACUCGCAAUUUAUAAAUGAGUAAAAUAUGUCAAAUCUUAAUCAUUUCUGAGACUUUCUAUUCAGAUUUUGUUUGAAUAAUCGAUUUUUACUAGUAAACACGUACUAGGCAAAAAGGGGCUCAUUAUUCUCAACUAGGUAUACAGGGUGUCUGUAAAAGGUCUUUACAAAAACAUACCACAUAUUCCUUAGACCAAAAUAAGUCGAUUUAAGUAAAAGUACCUUAGUACAAAGUUGCUUCGUUUGGGCUCCAGAGGGCCUUGAAAUUACAAUUUUUAAAUCGUUUUUCAAAUAUAAACAUGGGCGAAGUUAUGUCAUCAGAUCUGGGGGGGGGGGCUAAAGCCCUAGCCAUAUAAUAUAUAAUAGUUCUGGAGGUAUACCUACUGAAAUUAAGUAAACAAUUCUGGCGAAUCUAUGAAAAUGGAUAAAAUAUCAUAUAUAAUAUAUAUUUAUAUUAAGUGAAAAAACUGAAAAAUUUUCAUCACAAAAAUUUCCCUCAUUUUCACAGUCAUUAAAUAAUAGUUUGUGCAACAAGAGUAGAUAUGGGCAAUCCACUUGAGUUAUACAGUAUAUUUACUAAACCCAGGACAUGUUUUAUUUUAUGGUUUAAAGGACAUUUCAAGUACCAAACUUUUAUUAUUGUUGAACUUAUUUAAAAAUCUUACUAGAUUUCUUCUUAUAUUAUGAAGUAAAUUAUGUAGAACUUUGUAUACAUGUAAAUGGUAAUAAAAACCGUCACAAAUCAGAUUACAGUUUCGAUUCUAUACAAAGUUUUGCAAAAUUUUAAUAUUGUGAAUUUGUAGAUAUCCAUUUAUGGUAAAAAACUAAAUUUUACGACUUGCACUUGGAAAAUAAUGAAUACUUUAGUUUUGAUUUUGACAUUAACACCAUAUCGAUUGCAAUUUGCUGGGGACUUUUUCGCAGAUUUCAUUUUUAACAUAAACACUAUCACAUACUAUAAGAAAUAAACAAAUUUAACACUAAACGUAAGAAAAACUCGAAUUGUAAUUGAUACAAAUUAAAAUGUAAACAAUAAAAACGUUGCCAAAUGAUGAACUGAUUUUAAAACAAAAUUAAUAAAUGAACUGAAAUUAAAAAAAAUUAAUAUAAUAAAUCAGUUUUAUAAAACAAUCCUUAAAUAAAUAUAGAGUAUGAUUACAUAUUACUAUACACAAAUUUUGAUUAUUAAAUAAAAGGUCUUAGCAACUUCUUCAAGAGCUUAAAUCCGACGACGUAGCGAAAUUUUGCUACUUCUGGCAACACUGAACGAUAUCCUACUUAUAGGGACCUUCUACAAAUUUCCUGCAGAGGGCGUAUCACUUAGCUUGAAUCGCGAAUAAAGAUCCUUCCAAUUAUAUCUUCUCAAGGAAGUGUAGGAUGUGGAGUGGCUUCAAGUUAGGUAAAUCUCCCUCUUCUAUUUGAUAUGCUCCUAGGUAUAGUGCCUUUGGAUUCUGAAGUGAUACACAUUUAGUUAGAAUGUGAAUGAAGGUUUUUUUCCUCUUCCUCCUCACAAAAUCUGCGCUAUCUUCUACUACUCUCAGUUUACUAAGGUGUCAUUUAGUUGGUAAUGCCCAGUAAAGAUCCCUGUUACAAGUGUUCUCACUACUAGAAAAAUGUAUAUUAUGAUAACAGCUUAAAAUACAAUCUGGCUAAUAUGGAAACACCCCGAAAGCCUUGCCAGACUCGUCUAAUGACCGUCAGGCGCGCUAAAUUCGGCACGUUCGAUUACUAUUCCUCUCCUCGUUUAACUACCUGGCUUGUCAGGUCCGACCGAAAUACGGUUUUAUAACCGAAACAGACCAAAUUUCGGCUCCUUUCUUAGUUUCGGCCGAAACAGAAACAAGAACUUUCUUUUAAGGCAACCUGUUAUUGAAAUUUGCAAUAUCUUAUUGUAAUCCUUAUUUUAGACUAAUUAACUCGUAUUAUAAAUUUUAGCUACAUUUACUUAUUACCUAUUUAUUUAUGUGAUCAAAAGAAGCCAUUAAUAAAUUUAUUGACAUGUUCACUUGAAACAAAGCAGAGAAGUUUGUGUGUACGUGCACUGUGUAGGAAUGGCACCCGGCACAGUCGCCAUUGUACGAAAACUUUUAAAAGUAGACUCGCUGUCGGCUGCAGUUUUGGCCAGUUUUCCGCCGAAACCGAAACUGUAGUCGAAACUAUUAUUUAAAGCCAAAGUUUGCCGAAACCGUAACCGAACACUAUUUGUGAGUCUGGCAGGCCUCCGUAAUUGUAAUUGUCAGCCAGACGUGUAUUUUCACUUACGAAUAUUUUGAAAUUUAUCCUGUGUGCAAAAAUUUACUUUUAAUAAUUUAGGCACGUUUGGUAUUGGGUAAGAAAGUUUUACACCAAAAUAUCCAAAUUUCAAAACUUGACAGACAUGCAUUAAAACGACUAAAAUCAAAUUUUCAAAGGUAGCCAUACCACAGAAUAUAAAACAUAUGUUUUAUAUGCUGUGGUCAUACCAUGACCAUUUGUCAUAUUUUAAGUCGUUUAGUUGACGCGAAAAACCUAAUUAUUAUUUUACAUAAAAUAAAUGUACGAGUAGUAUAUUUCUACCUAGUUAUAAUUGGUAUUAAAUAAAAUAUUAACCACUGAAAUGGUAAAUUUUUUAUAUGCAUGAAAGAGCUGCUCAACUGUCAAAAACAUUUUCAGUAUAAUUUCGUUCAGGGUACCCACCAAAAGAAAAAUUUCCGGAAAUUUUUCUGGUUGUCACGGAAGUGUUUUAAAAUAACCAUUUGAUUGGCUAUAAAAUGGAGGUGUAAAAUUAUAAUUUAAUCUAUCACGUAACAAAUUUUCAAACCCGGGAAAAUAAAAGCAAAAAUAUUAUAUUUUUUCGAUUUAGAAGACUCAUUAGCCAAUUUCGUAAAUCAGCCAGACUUAUUAUUAUAAUAAACAGUUCAUGAUUUUAUCAAUUUAUAAGCUCAAUUUUCUGCCACACUUACUUUCCACUAUCUGAGAUAAUCCAAACUGCUAUUUUUAUAAGCUUUAUGUUCUAGUUUAGUAAAUGUAAAAUAAUUAUGAAUGGGAAAAUAAGUGUCAGACUCAAAAAUUUUGUUUUUUGUCACUAAAACAGUUUAUUUUUCAUAUACACCGACUGGAAAAAUGAAUACGAAAAAACUCACUGCCUCCUGAACUAAAUGUAAAAUUGCAGAAUCAAUCAAAUGGCACGAUUCUUUUUAUUUUUUAAUUUCUGUUCUGAAAUCUGAAAUGUUUGGGUGGAUGUGCGAUAAAUGUUCGAAUUAUUUUUGGGGGGGCUAAUUUGGUUUUUGGGGGGGCUUAGCCCCCCCCUUAACUUCGCCCAUGAAUAUAAAUUUAAAAUGGCAUAAGAGAUUUUGCUGAAAUUUGGUAUAUUGGUAGAGUUUUAUGUGGCAAAAAAAUGGUAUUAAAAUUUUGUCCGAUAAUAAUACAUAGGCGCAGCAAAAGUUGGGUGGCUAGGUAGGUACAUGACGAUUUGAAAACUUUUCAGAAUACACUCUCUCGAGCAUUUCCUUCACAAUAUCCUAUUGUCAGUAACAUAUAGGUAUAUUCUGCAUUGGUAUAUUGUACAGCCAUAUUAAUAAACCACGCAUUUGUUUUUUUUUAUUAUUGAGUCAGAUAGAACACUUUCAAUCGUUAACAAGAGAUUAGAUGUUAAAACUUGACAAUAUUUUUAUUUAGAUGAAACUAUGGAAACCAACAAUAAAUGUUUUUGUAUACGUAUUGCAGGCAAAUAAUUAAUAUUCCUCAAAAAAUCGUACAUGGCAAGAAUCGAGUUUUUUUGUUAAAAGUCUCGAUUAGAGGUGUUGAAAAAGAUAUGAAAAAAGUACAUUUUUAUGUUUUUCAUUGUAUAAAAUUUUGUCUGAUAAUAAUACAUAUGCGUAGAACUUGAUUUUUUAAAUAAUUGCACCUUUAAAAUUCUACGCCAAUGGCAGAAAAGGGGUUUGAAUAUGAAAUUUGGAUUGGGUACUCUUUUACUACAAAAAAUUACCCUUGAUAACACUCGAUUUACUCUUAUAGUUUUGACAAAGUUUGUAUUUUAAUAAUUAUUGUUUAUGUUCUAAAAUUACUAAAAUGCAAAUUUCGUCAAAACCAUGAGAGUAAUCGAGUCUUAUCAAGAGUACCUUUUUUAAAGUAAAUGAGUUGCGCAAUCUAAAUUUCAUAUUUAAACUUCUUUUCUUCCAUUGGCGUAGAACCUGUAGAAAAUGAGGAACAACUCUGGCAACGUAUUCAAGAUGCAAUAAACAAUCUUAGAAGUGAUGAAGAAGUUAUGAAAAGGAUACAUUUUAAUUUUCUUCGACGUAUAAAUCUUGUAUGCGUGAAAAUUUUGAACAAUUUUUGUAAAAUCUCUAUUUUGAUUAUGUUUUAAAUAAAUAUUUUUGUAAAACCUAUACACUCUAAAUUAUUAAAACAGAAAUUUAGCGAAAACCAUGAGAGUAAUCGAGUUUUAUCAAGAGUACUUUUUUUAAAGCAAACUAGUUGCGCAAUCUAAAUUUCAUACUCAAACUCCUUUUCUUUCAUUGGCGUAGAAUUUUUAAAGGUGCAAUUAUUUAAAAAAUCCAGUUCUACGCCUAUGUAUUAUUAUCGGAAAAAAUUUUAAUACCAUUUUUUUUUGCCGCAUAAGACUCUACCAAUAUACCAAAUUUCAGCAAAAUCGCAUAUGCCGUUUUAAAUUUAUAUGGGAAAAAAGAUUUAAAAAUUGUAACUUCAAUGCCCUCUGAAGCCCAAACGAAGCAAUUUUGUACAAAGGUAAUUUUACUUAAAUCGACUUACUUUGGUCUAAGGAAUAUGUGGUAUAUUUUUGUAAAAACCUCUUACAGACACUUUGUAGAAUGUCUCAGCUUUUCUUUUGUGAAUAUUGUUGUCUAUAGUAAUGAUCUCAAUUUUUUUUUUGUUAUUUUCUCGUCGUCUUCGUCGUUGCUUGCUGUUCUUUUUUCUGCUUCUAAACCUUUUAACUUUCCCACAAACUCCUCGUAUGUGCUACAUGUAUCAGUACGUGGGUACCCGAAAGCUAUGUUGAAAUCAUGAUUAAAAAUAGUUCUAUAACUUUCGUAGAACAGUUUAAUAGUUGGGUGGAGCUCACAAAACAUGUUCUUUAUACACAAAUUUUCGGAGAAAUAAAGUUUUAAGGUCUUAUUCAAGCUGUAAUGGCUAUUUUUCCCUUAAAUGAAUUAAUAAAUAAUAUAAAAAUAUGGAAAAACAAAAAAUAAAAAAUCAGAAACAAUUAUAGAAUACAAAUAUAAGAAAAACUAAGACAUUAACUGUUUAUCAUCAAAAUGUGCAAAGUAUAUCAAACAAAAUCGAUGUUCUGGAAAUUGAGAUGUUUAAACAUAAUGUAGAUAUUUUUUGUAUGUCUGAACAUUGGCUAAAGGAAGGUCAUGAUGAAAUAAUCAACAUUAAAGGUUACAAGCUUGUCUCUGUAUAUUUAAGAAAUGUCAAAAAAUGUGGGGGAGUUGCGAUUUUUUACAAGAAUGAAUUGUCAAAAAAUAUUAAAGAAAUAACGAAAAUAAAACAAUUCUCUGUUGAGGAACAAUUUGAAGUUUGUGGAAUUAAAUUCUCGUUAGACAAGGAGAUAAUAGAUAUUUAUUGCAUUUACAGUAAUCCUUUAAAUUCUAAUGAAAUAAUUUCUAAUUUAGAUUUAUUUCUUGCAGAAAUUUGCACCGCCCAUGACAAUAGCAAUAAAUGUCACAAGUUUUUAUUCUGUGGCGAUCUAAAUAUCAACUACCUAUAGUCUAUUUUUAUGUAUGAGAGAGUAUUAAAAUAAAGCGUUCGUAAUCCAUAGGCGUACCACUUCUUUUAGUAGACAGUUAAAAUAUUUUUUAAAGUUAUUCCUUGAGUAUACAUUUAUUUUCACUAAUUAACCUGCUUAUAACUUCUAAACAGCUGAAGGUAAAAAAAGUGCAAUUUUUUCUAAAAUGUUUUAUUUUUCCACAAGGUAUGUUAAGAACAUUGUGUCAAACGAGUUAUGUAGGUAUAAGGGUUUAAACUUUAACUUUUAAACAACGUUAGGUUCAUAAAUAAUAAUUUUAAUAUAAAAACUACUUCUUACCUACAAAUCCAAAUCAGAAUCGAAAUCAGAAGAUGAACUGUCACAACCAAUAUUUACAAUGAGUGGCUCUAUCAUUUCAUCAGUAAUAUUGAAAACUUCCACAUUUUCUCUUCUUCUUUAAUCGUAUGAUUUACUGCCUUUUCCCAGUUUUCAGGCUUCACAUUAUUUACAGCCUCCAAAAACAACUGUUUAACAUCACUCAUUUUAAAAGAAUGAUUUUUUCUUGAAACUUCUCCCUUUAUCUGUGCCCAUAUCAGUUCAAUCGGGUUUACUUCGCAAUGAUAUGGUGGUAAUCUAACCACCGUCAUCCCACGAUUUUUUGCAAUUUCAUCAAUUUCAUAUUUUUUGAAUUUCUCUUUAUGAAGGGAACACAAAUGAUACAGUUCUUUUUUCACAGAACCGGGAUGGAAGUUAAUAUUCUUUGAAUUUAGCAAAUUCUGUAAAUAUUUUUUUAACCACUUGGUUGUGGGCAUUUUUUCUAUAAGUCUCCAGUGAUAACUUGCAUUAUCCAUUACUAUUAUACAGUUCUGAGGAAGAAGAUCUAUAAUUUGUUUGAACCACUCUUUAAAGAUAUCAGCAUUCAUGUCCUCAUGGUAGUCACCGGUACGAGUAGAUUCAAAAGUCAAUAAACCACCUUUAACAAAACUGUUUGAACUACCGAUGUGUAUUAUUAUUAGUCUGCGCCCCUUUCCUGAUGGUGGAUUUAAACCAGUAGAUAAAUUAUUUAAAAAAGCCUGUCUUCGACUUGUAACAGUUUCAUCUUGCCAAAAUUUAUUUGGUUUAUGUCCCUCGUUGAUCCAUGUUUCAUCUAAAUAAAAUAUAUUUCUUCUUUGGUUUCUCAUUUCUUUUAUAGUCCUUAGGUAAUUUCUUCUCCAUACUACAAUAUCGCUUCUUUCUAUUAAAAUAGACUUUCUGCUAUGCUUUUUCCAUAGAAAACCUAUUUCUUUUAAAAGUUUCCAUAGUGUGCUUCGACUCAUUUCAGGGUAAUCCUUAUCAUCUCGAACCGAGACAAGAACUUUGUCUACUGUCGAAAAUUCUUUUCUAAAGAAGAACGCAUUCACUUUCUUUCGAAGUCUUUCUUUCAAAACAUUUUCUAAUUAAAAUUUUGGUUUUCUUGGAGCUUUACGUGCUGUUUGAAACUCGCCACAUUUCUUUUCUUUAACAACUCUGUAAAUCGUAGAUUUCCCAACACCAAGCGUACUACUAACUAAUUCCACUGUGUUAUCAACACUUUUACAUAAAUGUUUAUCUGUAAAUGAUUUAAAACAAUUAAAUAUUAAUGUUUUUUUCAUUAACUAUUAAAGGACCGAUUUUUUGUCGUUUACGCGGCCCUUACAAAUUUUCCAUGAUCACACUAGAAUUCACAUUGCACCUUGCAAAUUGCAACUAAACAACAUUUAGUAAACUGUCAAGAAUAGACAACUUGGACCUCCUUACUAAAUGGAAAACCUAUAAUCGCAUUUUCAGUGAAAUUUGUUGGGAAGGUAUUUAUCUACUUAUAAUUCGAUUACUGUAAGAAAUUCUUGGAAUUAAAAUAAAACAAAAUUGGCAAAUAGGUACUUAUUGAAAAUAAUCUGAAGAUACGGCUAUGUAAUUUUUAAUACACAGGGCUUUUGGCCUGUCCAAAUCUUUUUCUAUUGUUAUGUACAGCUUAUGUUUAUAAAGGACCAAUAAAAGACCCAAAACUUGUAAUAGCUCAGGUACAUUGCUGCUGUUUUAUUCAUACAUAAAAAUAGACUAUAGUAAAUUCCUUAGAACGUAAACAAUUAUCAGAUGUUUUUGAGUCUUUUGGAACGUUCAACCAUAUAAAUAGUGCAACGAGGAUCACGCCUACAUCAAAAACAGCAGUUGAUUAUAUAUGUAGUAAUUUUAUUGGGAAUAUAUUUGCUGAUAUUAGUUUUAAAGGCUUAUCGGAUCACUUUUGUCAAGUGAUGAGAUAUGAAAUUAUUUUUCCAACUAUUAUAGAAACAUUAAUUGUAGAGUAUUCAAUGACACAAAUUAUCAGGUAUUUUAUAAUCACUUAAAUAAUGAAUCAUGGAAGGAUAUAUACGAGUGUGUCAACGUUAAUCGUGGUUUUGAAUCCUUUGUUAAUACCUUCAAAUAUUAUAUAGAUAUAACAUUUCCAUUUAAAAAUAUAAAACCAAAUCAAUACAAAAUAAAACCAUGGCUGACAUCAGGAAUAUUGCGGUCUUCUCAAAGGUUGAAAGAAUUUUACCAUUUAAUGUGUUUAACAAAUAACGAAGUAGAUGUUUAUUACUAUAGGAAUUAUAAAAAAAUAUACAGAACAGUUGUAAAAGCCGCGAAAAAAAUGCAAAAUGAUAGAAUAUUUAAUAAUUCAUCUAAUAAAAGUAAGUGCGUAUGGAACAUAAUAAAUAAAAACACAAAUAAUAAGACAAAUAAUUCUAAUGCUAUACAUUCAGUAGCCGUAGAUAAUGAAGUAGUGACAAACCAAAAAAUAAUUGCGAACACUUUUAAUGAUUUUUUUGUUAAUAUUACACAUCACUUAACGAUUAAAAAUAAUGUCGAUCAAAAGGACUAUGAGUUUAAACAAAAAAAGAUCUAUGAAAAUAUAUUCGUUCAUCCUGUAUCAAACACAGAAAUGUUUAAAAUUAUUUUAAGUCUCAAAAAGUCUGGUUCAUUGUGUUUGGAUCAUAUUAAUAGUAAAAUAUUGAUCUCGGCAGUAAACUAUUUAGUAUAUCCUCUUACUUUUUUUUAUUUAAUUUGUCAUUAGUUAAUGGAUUAUUCCCUGAUGUAUUUAAGACGGCAAGAAUUGUACCGAUAUUUAAAAAGGGAGAAAACACUAAUGUCCAGAACUAUCACCCAGUUGCAAUUCUUAGUUCAAUCUCAAAAGUAUUAGAAAAAGUUAUUUAUUCUAGAAUUAUGCAAUAUUUAGAUUCUAACAAAACACUUGUAAAUAACCAACAUGGUUUUAGGAAAACGAAAAGUACAAUUUAUAAAUAGAGUGUAUAACGCGUUAGAUAACGGACACAAGUGCAUAGGCCUGUUCAUGGACUUAAGCAAAGCUUUCGAUUUAGUCAACUACAAAAUCUUAGAACACAAAUUAUACAACUAUGGUCUGCGUGGAAAAUUAAGCGAUUGGUUGAUGUCUUACCUGGACAAUAGAAGACAAGUUGUUGAUAUUAAUGGCAUAUUAUCAGACAUUUAAGACACAUCAAUAGGGGUUCCACAAGGGUCCAUUUUGGGCCCUUUGCUUUUCCUAAUAUAUGUUAACGAUCUUCCGGAAAUUCCUAACUUUGGCAAUGAUCUUACAAUAUAUGCGGAUGAUAAUAAUUACCUAUGCACUGAUGAUACAUUAGAUAAUUGUCUAGUUAAAUUACAAUAUAUGAUUAACAAAUUUAAAAAAUGGGUUUCAUCAAAUAAGUUAUGUAUGAAUACGGAGAAAACAACAUUUGUUCAUUUUACACCUCGACCGAUAACUGAUGAAUGCCAUUUACUAAAAAUAAAUGGCAAAUCCAUACAACAGAGCCAAAACACAAAAUUUUUGGGAAUUCAUAUUGACGCUUCGCUAACAUGGGUGCAACAUAUAGAUGAAACGUGUAAAAAAGUAUGUUCCUCUUGUUAUGCAUUGAUACGUCUUAAACAAUUAUGCAAUGAAAAAAUUCUAAUUUCCUACUAUUAUAAUUUGGUAUACUUCCAAAUUAAUUACGGUAAUAUAUUUUGGGGAUCAUCGCCCCAUUUAAUUAGACUUUUUAGACUUCAAAAACGGCCUCUCAGAAAUAUCGCUGGUAUUUCUAGAUAUUCAUCUUGUAGAAAUAUUUUUAAACAAUUAAAAAUAUUAGCGCUGCCCUGUAUAUAUAUGGUUGAACUGCUAAUAUACGUAAAAACUAAUUUAAAUAUGUUUAUGAAAAAUGCAGUUAUUCACGAUUAUGGUACCAGAAAUAGCGAUUCUUUAGUAAUUCCGGCUCACAAUUUGUCGUUAUAUGAAAGAAGUCCUUAUUUUUUAGGAAAUCAGUUGUAUAAUAAACUGGAUCUGACUCUUAAAGAAAUAAAUAGUCCUAAAUACUUUAAACGUAGAAUAACAGUCUUAUUUUCAAGGAAAGCAUUUUAUACUGUUUCUGAGUUCCUUGAUUCGUAGAUAAAUUAUCUCCUUCAUAAAUAUUAUAUUAUAUUUUGGUUUAUAAAUAAGUUUGUUUUAGAUAUUUUUAAGUUUAGUAUCUAUUUCAGAAUUUUAGUACUUUGUAUUUUCUAUUCUACCUCAUUAAAUUGUACACCAUGUUUUGAAUUUUCUCCUAUCUGUACAAGGUCUCUUAGAAUUAAAGAUUUAUUUAUUUACUAUUUAUUUAUUUAUUUAUUUAUUUAUAAUAUGUUCACGGACUGCACUUUUUGUUUCAAUGCUAAGCGAGUUCUCUUGUAAACCCAGCCAACCCCCGUUGGUCUUCCGGUGCUGAACCAGUCGACUUGAUACUCAACUUCUUUUUCAUGAUACCAUAAACAGAUAUACAAGCUUUAGGAUAUAUUUCAAUUCUUUCACAGCAUCUUUAAACGUUCCUCUUAAUCGAUAUUUAUAAGUGGCCUCAUAAUGCUUACUUACUUCUUUUUUUGAUGUUCGUUGGACGGGCAAGACGGAUAUUAGUCCACAAAGGUAUACAUUUUGUGCGUUAGUAGAAUUUUAACCCUAGUCUCUUGUGGCACUAAUGCAAAACACUUUUUUCGGCACUGGCACUCUGGUCCCAUUUCAUGUGACAUAGUUUUAAUUUUUUUUCUAACAUCUCUAAUUCUUCCGGUUAUUUUCCUUUUUCUCGUUUUCUUUACUCUACACCAUCUUCAAACUCAUUAUCAUCACUACUGAUACUUAUUUAAACAAACAAGUCAAUAUAACCUCUAAAUCAGUGUGUCAAACAGUCAAACAUGUGGCAAUAGCCGCACAUAAAAUAAUUUCUGGCGCAAUAAGCCCCUUCUUGUCUGCAUCUUUUAAAUGAGCCCGUUCUUGCCCUGUACACCUUUUUUUAAAAUACAGAUAUAGCUGGUAAGUACAAUAUGGCACAAUAUCGGUAUUUUUCGGAAAUUGCCAAUGAGCCCCUUUUUCCCUUUCCCCUACUUCAUUUAAAUAAUUUUCGCAAUGCUGCAAUGUGUUUUGAUACAUUAUAAUUUAUUAGGUUAUAUUAUAAAAUUAAUUUUUGAUUAAAUUUUUUUAGUAAUAUCUACCACGUACAUAACAGCUUCUGUGUAGUUCAUGUUUAUGACUAAUUUUUAAUUAUUGCUCAAAUUUUUUAUAUUAUAUAAUAUUUUAUAUUGCUUAAUUAGUUUAUUGGUAAAAAAAAAUUAUGUAUCUAGUUAAUGUAUAUUAUAAUGUAUACUUUUUUGUAGGUUAAGUGGAAGAACGCUCUUCUUCAUUCUGAUUUUUUUUUUCAGAUUGAAGAAAGCGAACUUUGCCUGUUGCUCUACAGGAUACCUUGUAUUUAUCAUAUUUUAAGUUUAUUUUAUUUAUUUUAAUGUAUUUGCUUAUCUUUAAAUGACAUUUUUUAUACAUUGUAUUUAUUUUAUGUGAAUAAACAAUAUUAUUAUUAUUAUUAUUAUUA